AGGGACUUGCGAGUGGAAGCGAUAGUGCUAGGAGCGGACUAUCGGCUGCCGUUUUGCCGCUGUGAAAUUUGGCUUCGGUCGAGGGUGGACGAAGGCGCGAACAUAUCAUUAAUCAACAAUGGCGCGCAGGGCGUUGCUUAUCGGCGCUAGCUAUGGCGACAACAGCGAUCUGCCUACUCUGCAUGGAGCGGUCAAUGAUGUCUUGCAGGCGAAGAUAGCGCUCACGACGGUGUAUGGAUUUGCAGAGGCUGACGUAUGCGUGCUGGCCGAUGGAGAAGUGGAUGCGAGCUGCGUUAAGGCUUGCACAACGCCGCCCACGAAAGCUUGCAUCCUGGCGGCGCUUGAUUGGUUGGUCAAGGGUGCGUGCGCAGGUGAUGUGCUGUUCUUCCACUUUUCUGGAUAUGGUACGCGUGUUCCCUCGGCAUCGUCGUGCGACUCUCUCGAGGAGGCUCUCCUUCCAUCCGACGCUACGGUGUCCGAUGUGUGUGGUUUCGGGAACGUUGUCGAGCAGAGUGUUUUCAGUGCCAAAUUCGCCGGCAUUCCCAAGGGCGUGACGGUCGUUCACGUGUUCGACACAGCCUUCAAAGGUGCCGCGAAGUGCGCCCUCGCCGGCGUUCAGCACUCUGUUCUUUGCCACGGUUUGUCGACGAAGGUGGUCUCGGCUAGAGGUCUGGAUAACGUGCCAUCGCUAACGGCAUGCAGGAAACUGAAUGCCGAAGGUCGUUUCACAUACGUGCAGUUUCCUCGCUCGGAUGCGUGCAAGGCUUUGUACUACGACCUCCCCUCGGCUUGGCUUGCCUGCGCAGAGGAAGAAACCACCUGGGACGUGGUUGUCGACUGCAAGCCGGGGGGUGUUUUCAGCCACCACCUGUACAGCACUGUGGUCAGCCAACACGAGAACGAGCUCCAGAAGCAGAAUGUUUGCAUUCUUAACUCAGUGAUGUACGCGCUCUCCCUAGGAGGUUUCAAGCACAAGCCGGAGUACGUUGUUGCUGCGGACUCCAAGAAGUUGGCUACAUUCCUUCCUCCUGCGCCUGAGAAGAAGUGCCCUCCCGGUUUGAUAGACUUGCAUAAAUAUGCCAUUGCCUGUUUGAAGAACGAAGCGCUGUGCAAGACUGACGAGGCACUGAUUGAACAGCUGGCGACGCGUGUGGCGCUGCUGACGACCAUCACGACGGUUGAGCGACAGUGUUUAAGCGAGCGCCUUGUGUCCUUGGUGAACGCAAGAGGCCAUUGGAUCUUGCGCGAGAUGUUGGACCUGUGCAGUCCUGUCCUUCCUCCGUGCCCUCCGUGCAUCCCCGAGCUCGAUUCCAGGCAGCUGUUCUUCAUCAGUAGGGUUGUCGGCCACGCCAAGUCUGCAGUCGCCGCCUCCAGAAUCGAGGAGCUCGCAAAGCGGCUUGCGCGGUGUUAUGGCCUGACGUUAAUCGAGCAGCAGGCCAUCGUGGACGAGCUGACGUGUCUGAUAGAGGAAGACGGCUGGGCGCUGUUGCGACUGUUGUUUGCCACUGAGCCCCAGGCCGAUCUGAAGUUGCCAGAGAAGAAGACGCAAUGCCCUCCCCAACUUCCGCCUGCAUACCCUCUUUCAUGCACUCCAUGCUUCGUUGCACGUCCUCCAUGCCCUCCUCUAUCCUCCCCUGCGUGCCCUCCCACCGAUUGCAACACUCAUCUUCGAAAGCUCGUUUCGUUGAUGGGUGUGGAGGGAUACGAGAUCGGUCUCAAGUUCAAGAACGAGUAUGCGUCCCUUUCCACCGAGCAGCGCAAGUGCCACUACAAGACGCUCUAUGUGCAGGGUGGCAUGGAAGCAGUGACGACAGCGGCCGCCAUAGCUGGCGAUGUCUGCGACAUUGAUGUUCUUGCCGCGGCCGUGGGGGAGCAUGUCCGCUGCUCCCCCGUGUGGAGWGCUUGCUGCCCGCCUCUCUCCUCUCCCUACUCCACCCUCUCUGCUUCCCUAAAAUGCCAGCUCUUGCAAUCUGUUUUCUGUGCUGCCGGGUCUCGUGGGCACGAGAUCGCGGUUCGCCUGGCGGACUGUCCAUCGCUCCUUGGGGACUCCGAGAAGAAGACCUUGUAUGCAGAACUGGUGAAGCUCGGCGGAGUGUCUGCGCUUGCCGCCGGCGCACGGCUCGCUGCUGACGUUGCCGUGCUCAGGACUGUAGUGGCGGCCGGAGAGCGUGUCCGUCUCGUCCGAGGCGAGCCGCCGGUGGAGUUCUGUGCGCGAAGGGAGGCCAGGAGACAGAGGGAGAAGCAAUUGCUCAAGGAGGUCAUUGUGAUUGCUGGCUGUGCGGGUUACGAGUUAUCUGUCAAGCUGAUGCAAGAGGGGUUGACGGUGGCGUGCCGGAAAGAGMUAUAUUCRAAGCUGUUCGCCGAGGGAGGCGUUGAGGCUGUCGCCAUAGCUGCCCUCGUCUCCGAGGACGAGAUUAUGAAGGGCGAGUUGGAGAAGGCAGGCGUGGAGCACGCRGCGUUUGUCCAAUGUCCGACUGCCAUCRUKUGUCUUCCGUCAGCCUGCKGUCCGUUGCCUGUGCCUCCCACGGGGUGGGAAUGUGACUACCUGCUGAGUGCGGAGGAAAGGCGAGUUGUCAGUGCUCUGUACUACCUUGCUCGAGARGAUUGCGCGGUGCGCUCGCUUGCGACGAAGCUGGCACUAGAGAAGAAGGUUCUGUCUGCGGAGGCCCGGAAAAGCCUCGUUGCACAAAUCAUCUCCAAGACCGGUUGCGAGGGACUCGAUCUUGUCCAAAGCCUCUGCUGCUAGGUUAAACUUAUCGCCUUCUUGAAGAUACCGACAACUACCUCGUUACAAGGAAAUGCAAAG